GUACAUGAAAUACAAACCAGGCAGAAGACAUUUAUGAGCACGUACUGAAAGAAAAUGGAUUAUUCGUCUGAAAUGAAAACAAGUUGUUUACAUAGCUCGACAACUGAUACUAAGAAUAUCGGUUUGUUUAAUAUUGGAGCGCCUAAUCUUCGCUGGAGUGACUGCCAAGCGACUGGCUGACGUAUCUGAAAAUACGAAGGAUUAACCAGACCAAGUAUGCCUGCUACAGUUCCGUUCAUUACACACUCUCACCAUCCGCUUUUGGACAACUGCCACCUGUCACUUGUUCCCUUAUACAUUCCAUCCUUAAAGCUGCCUGGAUAUAAAUCCACCAUGCUGGGAACAAAAGAAAACUUUCAAACUGGUAUGGCCAAUGGAUGGUCCAGUUUUCCCAUGCUACAGACAGCUAGGGUACAGCUGUGGACAGCAGCUCGUAAGAUCUUUCAUCGCUGUGUUAGCGUUGUAGAGCUUCUCAGCUCUAAGAUGUUCUACUUUUUGUUUGCUGGAGACAAAGUAGCCAUGACAGGAGGGUCGGGGAAGAAGUGUUUGGGCUUGAAAGCCCUUGGGAGGGUUGGAGAGGAGUCCAGGCUUGGGAACAUAAGAUCAACCACCAUGCUGCCUGUGACAUGGGACCUAGAAGUGGAGAUGGAGGAGGAGCCUAUUAGUAAGGGAUUGGCUAACCCUGAGGAGCAACCAGUGUUGGAGUUUGACUUUGGGGAGAUGGAGGCAGAAAGUGAUGAUGAUGAGGAGGAAGAGGAGGAGGCUUGUGAAGAUGAUGAUGACGAAGAUGACGACGACAUUAGUGACGAUGAUUGUGAAGAUGUCGAAGUCGCACUUUCAGACUGGCUCGAUUGGGACUCAGAGCGAGAGGAAGAUGAAGAGAAUCAUCAAGUCCUGCUGGGUGACAAGUCUAGCGAAGAAGAAACAGAGAAACACCUCACAACAGAGGAGGACAGAGACUCGUAUGCUUCUGAGAAUGAGGAGGAUGAGUCAGACUGGUCAGAUGAUGAUGAUGAUGAUGAUGAUGGUGAUUCAGAGGAGUCUGCGGAGAGCAUUGAGCUUUGGGAGUCCUUUCUCAACAACAAUGACCCUUACAACCCCCUCAGCUUUUCCUCACACACUGGAACAAAAGCAACGACCAGAGACACUGCACAACACCGUCCAACAGUCUCUCAAACCGGUGAAAAAAGUAAGAAAACAUCUACAGAAGAGGAGGAUAAGAAAGACUACUCACAUCCAAACUCAAAGAAGGGAGCAAAGAAGGUACGAUUCAGCGACAGUGUGACAGUGCACCCCCUAGAGUCCUGGAGUGGUGCUAGCAGGGAAGCGAGAGAUGGAUCAUGCUGGCUUGAGAUGGCCAGAGACAGAGAUCGCUUCAGACGGAGAGUGAAGCACACUGAGGAGGUGAUCAGUCCAUACCUGAGCCCCGAGCAUAGAGCCAGAGUUUGGGAGAAGCUACAGAGAGAAAUGUAGUCAAAUUACGCCUUGUGAUAUAUUCUAGAGCUACUGAGGACAAUGUCCUGUCUAAUGUGGAAUGUUGUUUUUUAUUUUCUGCUGUCUUGAACGUAGCAUGUUUACUUUUAUAUAUGGUGCUUUGUACUUUUAGAACACAAGACUAGUCAUUGUCACUGUUAAAUUCUGCACAUAAUUAUUGGCUGUGGUCUUAUAUCUCUUUGUACUGAUCUAUAAUUGUCAUUAUUAAUAUUUUAUUA